AUGGAGAACAUGAUGCAGGGCAAUAAGAUCAGACGAGUUGCAGCUACUCGCAUGAAUGAGAGGUCAUCUCGAUCACACACGAUUUUCCGGAUUAUUCUGGAGUCGAAAGAUGCCAAUCAGAAAGAUGGACCUGUACAUAUAAGCUACCUUAACUUAAUGGACUUAGCUGGUUCUGAGAGAGUUUCUCUGACGAAAGCUGCUGGUGAGCGUCUUAAAGAGGGGGCUAACAUAAACAAAUCUUUGUCAGUAUUAGGAAAUGUGAUAAGGCAACUAAGCGAGGGGAAGGAGUUUAUCAGUUAUCGCGAUUCGAAAUUGACUAGACUGCUCUCACAGGCUCUUGGCGAUGUAUAUGGAUCUGUAGUAAAACCUUUAGUCGAUUCCUUCAUGGAAGGUUUCAAUGCCACAAUAUUUGCAUAUGGCCAAACAUCUUCUGGCAAAACACACACCAUUUUGGGCAAUAAAACAGAUCCUGGGCUUUUCCAAUUAGUAUCCAAUCAGUUAUUCCAGCAUGUGGCAGACCAGGUUGAUAAGAGGUACUUGAUUAGAUGCAGUUAUAUUGAAAUCUACAAUGAAAAGAUCAAUGACCUCCUGGAUAAGAGCAAUCAGGGUUUAACUAUAAGAGAAGAUAUCAAAGGAAAUGUGCUGCUUGAUGCAAGGGAAGCUGUCGUAGACAAUGUUGAUAAAGUUAUGGAGAACAUGAUGCAGGGCAAUAAGAUCAGACGAGUUGCAGCUACUCGCAUGAAUGAGAGGUCAUCUCGAUCACACACGAUUUUCCGGAUUAUUCUGGAGUCGAAAGAUGCCAAUCAGAAAGAUGGACCUGUACAUAUAAGCUACCUUAACUUAAUGGACUUAGCUGGUUCUGAGAGAGUUUCUCUGACGAAAGCUGCUGGUGAGCGUCUUAAAGAGGGGGCUAACAUAAACAAAUCUUUGUCAGUAUUAGGAAAUGUGAUAAGGCAACUAAGCGAGGGGAAGGAGUUUAUCAGUUAUCGCGAUUCGAAAUUGACUAGACUGCUCUCACAGGCUCUUGGCGGUAAUGCCAAAUCAUUGAUUAUCGGGAAUGUUACUUUAGCUGCAGAGGAGGAGACUAGAUCUACACCAGAAUUCGCCCAAAGCACUAAAACUGUCAAAAAUAAAACGAAAGUAAACAUCUUGUCAGCUACAGAAGAGACACUUCAAGGAUAUCAGAACUUGACUCGCGAUCUCGAAACUCGGCUCAAAAAGCAGGCAAUUAAGCUAAAAGAGAUGGAUAAAAGCAAACAAGAGUAUCUGCUCGAGAUAGAAAGACUAAAAACGGAAGUAUCUAUUGUCGGGCGCUUUCAAAUGGGAGCCUCGGCAUCAACACCGAAAAAAACAUUAAGACGUCAUACUUUUGGACACUAUGGCAACGUAUCACCUAAAAAAGCAUCCCUAGGGUAUAUGCCAUUGAAAAAUUAUCCACCCAAAGAAGAAUCAUCCGGACGUGAAAUGAGGCCUAUUCAAGAAGAGAUAUGA